CUGACUUGUUGACAAUAUUUUGUUAGAAAUCACAUCCCAAAAGGAUAUUUAAUUCAUUAUGUCCAGUAAAUGUUUCUUGGUUAACAGUUCCUGUAGGCAAGAUAGGUGACUCUUAGAGUUUCCUUCGUAAGUUUUGAUGUAAAAACAGUGGUCAGUUUGUAUCUUGGGACAUGGCAGCCAUCUCUUGGACCAAGUUGCUGCACCAGUAUCAGACAAUAAUCUCCAUGCUGGUAGUGGCUGAAUAUUUCUUUUUGCCUAGCCCAGAUUUUGAGCUUACGUAUUCAUGUGUGUAGUUAUGUACUUAUGACAGCUUAAUUAACUGAUAUAGUUGUAAGUAGAUCAUUUAAGGCAGAGUGAAUCUAACUACAGUGUUAACUAGAACACUAGUGUUCCUGCUGUGUUUGUGAAGGGUGCUGUUAGAGUUCAGAGGGACUCCUCUUGCCUAAAGAGUCUAACUCCUGUGGCCUCCUGCAGCCAUAAAGGGGGCCGUGCAUUAAUGUGAUCAUUUAGGCUUUCUCCCAUGGUCAGUGCCAAUCUCUCCCAUUUUCUGCUUCUGUCUGAGGAUGACAAAAAUUGCUCUGUGGAUGCCCUUCUGACUAUACCAGAAGCAUCAGUGACUAGAGCAGGCACAGAAUUCAUCUUCUAGGCACCCAGCAUGUGCUGCAGUGCAAGCAGCAUGUUGUCCUGCAAGCACUUAUGAACUGGGGGUUUUCUCUUACCAUGGGAGCUUUCCCAACUCAGCAUCACUCUUGCUGAUCAAGUUAACUUUAGCAACACACCUGUCCUUAGCAGGUCAUUGUGUUGUAAAUGCCCAUUAAAACUGUUUCAGGAUUUUUCCAGAUAGGAAGUUUUUACAAGCUUUAAAAUAGGGAAGAGUCAAAUGUAUUUUCUGAAUUGCUGAGUGCAUUGAAGCUCUAGCAGAGCUGGGUCCUCAUCUUUUCAUCAUUCUUGCCUCCUCAUCUUGGACCAUUGUCUCCUUUGAGCCUGUAGUUGGAGUCCUGAAGGACAGUACAUACAUCAGAAAUGUGGUGUGGCAACCAGAAUAAGAGCAAAGAAGACUCCCUUCAUUUUCCUUAUGUGGCACAACAGCACCAGUGACUAGAACUAGCACAGUAAGGCUCAAUUCACUUAAAAGUUGAAGGGAUGAAAGAUUGCAAGGACAGGUGCAAGGCUGCAUUCAUCUUUAAGGAGAUCAGUGUACCUGAGGAUCAGUCACGCUCAUGUUGCAGGGCUCUUUUCAAAUUGCUUCAGGUAUGAGCACAGGCAUUUUGAGACUUCUGCUCUGUGGCUUUCAGCCUCAUCAUUCUUUUCUCUAAAAUGAUUCCUUAAAUCAUAUAAAGCUAACCAUGCAAAGAAGAAAAGAAGAAAAACAGGUGUAUCACCUGACAGAAACCAGUGAGACCUAACCAGCAGCCAGAGACAUGCACAGACCUGGUGAAGUCUAAGCCUGCAGAUAAGCUGUGUUUUGCCCACGCCCAAGUCAGACACGACACAACUUCGGAGAGUUACAGAAUCCCUGGAUCUCUGACUCCCUUCAGUAAAUCUUGACGAUGUUCCUUGCUAAAGCUUUGCUGAGUGGAGGAAGUGGCAGUGGUCGUGGAGGGAGCCUUGCACGUGGCCUUGGAGGUCUCCUAACAGGAGGUGGUGGACAUGGAGGGAAUAUUGGAGGACUCGUCGGAGGUAUUGUCAAUCUUAUAAGUGAAGCAGCAGCUCAGUAUAAUCCAGAGCCACCUCCACCUCCUCGCAAUCACUUUACAAAUGUGGAAGCUUAUGAGAGCGACGAGAUCAGGCAGUUUCGUCGCCUUUUUGCCCAGCUGGCUGGAGAUGAUAUGGAAGUGUGUGCCACGGAGCUGAGGAACAUCCUGAACAAAGUUCUUUCCAGACAUCAAGACUUAAAGACAGAUGGCUUCAGCUUAGACACGUGCCGUAGCAUGGUAGCCGUCAUGGACUGUGACACAAACGGCAAACUGGGCUUUGAAGAGUUUAAGUACCUGUGGAACAACAUCAAGAAAUGGCAGUGUGUGUACAAGCAGUAUGUCACUGAUCAGUCAGGCACUCUUGGGAGAGCUCAGCUGCCAAACGCCUUGAAGGCUGCAGGGUUCCACCUGAAAGAAGAGCUCCGCCAGGUGAUCGUGCGCAGAUACGCCGACGAGGACGGCAGCAUGGACUUCAACAGCUUCAUCAGCUGCCUGGUGCGGCUGGACGGGAUGUUCCGCACCUUCAAGUCCCUGGACCGAGAUGGAAGUGGACAGAUCCAGGUGACCAUUGAGGACUGGCUGCAGCUGACCAUGUAUUCCUGAAGGCAUAGCAGAGAAGAACAAGCUUCGUCUGGAAGAUACACAGGGAAGGCUACAAUCCUGUGCUGUAGAACUGUAGUCUUUUCCUUGUUCUAAGGCAGAUGGAGCUAGUGGUAGAUGGCUCAGCUUCAAGUGUUGUGAUUCCUCUUGUGUAUGCAUUACUCUGCUUUUCUGAAGGGUUUGUGUAAGUUGUCAUCUGGAUAUAAGCCUGUCUCAGAAAACUAACUGGACUUUUAAAGUGAGGGAAUAUAUUGAAAGGAUCAAAGCUUCGCUAUUUCUUUACGUAAAGUAGCUUGUAUAUGAGUAUAACUAUUAUAUAAAAAGCUCCUAAAUUUGGUGUUGAUGUUGCUGUUCUGAUUUGUCAGCAGUCACUAAGCUUGAAUAAAAGUCUGUUUGCCUGAAGGCAAUCAGUGGUAGAGUCAUGUAGUUAUUUCUAACAGGGAAAAAACAUUAGAGCUGCAAUAACUGUAAUGACCAGGGAAUUUACAUAAUCAUUUAAUUUCCUUCCUACUGCUGCUUUUCAUGCUUGGCUGCUGAAGCAAAACCUGAGUUGUAUUGUCAGUUCUACCUGCUGGCCAGGGCAAAACUGAAAUCUUGUCUGAGGCUACUUUUACACCAGUUUUCUCCUUCCUACAAUUCUAGGAACUAAUCUUUUCUCUCUUUCCUUCAAGCUUUAGUAUAGUUAUAAUGCAAACAGCUUAAAUUACUACAUUUAUAUUUAGAGAAAUUUGCUAUAAUGAUGCAGUGACAUAGCAGACAGCUAGCCCAAAUCAACCUCUGGCUAUCCAAGUUAAAUUUCAUCAGGGUACAGCAUCCCACUCUGGCUUGUUAUGUAGUUCUGGCUAAGAUGUCAACUUUUGAGAAAGAAAAAGUGGAAUAACAUGAACUCUCAAAGAUACAUUUCUUUGAAUUAAGGAUUACACAGUUGAUCAAAACAGCUCUUGCACAAGGAAAAUUUCUCAGCAGGCACUGCUGCUUUAAAUGAAAAUUGUCUGGGGUGACUCACUGAGAAACACCACACAAUACCUGCAGGGCAUCUGCAUGUUAAUGGAGUAUGUGGUUUGGUUUUGUUUGGAAACUUCCUUAGCUUUGAUUUCUAAAUCUUGCAGUUACACUUAGCAAAUAGUAUUUUCCAGAUUGAUGAUGUCUUCCCUGGUCUUCUUAGAGAAGCCUUUUACUUGAAACUUAGGAGAAAAUAACUUACAAUUUUUGCCCAGACUUUUUUUCCUCCUGCAUUUUGUUUAAUAGCAAACUGAGUAACAGAAAAAGAUUCAUAUUGGCCCAAGCUGUGAUGAAAGAGGUCAGUUCCUUCCUAAUGGCAUUCACCCCACUCCCAGUUAUCCAGUGGAAAAACACAUAGUGCCAUUUGGGCUCUGAGUAAUAGAAAAGUGAGCACGUGGUAAAGUGUGAUACCUCCAGGUGAGCACCAUCCUACCAGGUUGGUUUCAGAAUUUCCCUUUCUGACUAGUUAGAACUUGCAAAUAGCAACAGGUGAUGGGAAUUUGAGAGUUACAGCAAUAGCCUCUUACAUGAUGAACCUGGAUAUGAACACGAGAGCUGCAUCUGCAAUUCCUCCCCAAAUGGUCCCAUUAGUUUUAGCUUCUCUGUGGUAACCCUGUAAGUGACUGAGGGUUUAUUUACCUAAUAAUUUAUUUACCUGCCAUGAAUGGCAGGCACACACACAAUACACACUUGAUUUUUCCUGUUGCCUUACAUAGUAGAGAAAAAAGUAUUGAUGCAGUAGUACUUUAUACUGUAUCUGUCUUGCAGUCCUUGUGCAGAACUAAGUGGAGUAUGCUUAUGACAAUGCAACUUUCUUGUUUUUCUUAGAUUUAUUCUAUUAUACAAAAACACAACAACAAAAUCCUAGUUACCAUAGCAUGCUAUAGUGAAAAGAGUAGCAGGAAACUAGUUUGCUUAAAAGAAACAAGAGUUGUUAAGGUUACUCUAUGUUUUAAUUAUUUUAUGUAACAUAAAUACAAAUACCUAAAUUCUGAUGUUCCACUUUGCCAUUUAGAGAAUUUGAGCUUAGCUCACGUGUUACUUCCUUAACAUAUUCUUGGGUACAUAGCCUGCAAACACAGCUACUAGAUGUGUAUAUAAAGACAGUUGCAAGUGCUUUUUUGCUGUGGUGUUCCACAAGCACUGAAGGUUUUCCUGCAUUUUCAGUUCAACUCUCAUCCCUUUUUACGAGCGACAACCCCAUCAUUUCUCCUUAACCAAAAUGCCAGAGCAUUUGGGAGUUAGCCAGCAUCCUAGGGCUUAGUAAAGCUAGUCCCAACAUGAUCUUGCAAGCGUAGUAACUUUAUUUCCUACUAAAAUGGCUGAGUUCUAUGCAUCAAACUGCACUCAGUUUUGAUUAUUGGGUUUUAACACUUUAAUGAAAGUAAUAUAACCCUUAUUUUGUCAUUUUUCUUGUCAUUUUUCCAUGUACAGCCACAGCUGUGCUAAUUUCUUUCAGAAGUUGUUUUUAAUUAGAUUAUUUUAGUUAAAGUUUACUUCCCCAUUCUUUUCCUGUGAUACAUAUUCUUAACUUUAAAAAUAAAUUUUAAAAAAAUAUUCUAGUCACAUCAAACAAUCCUUUGCUAAGAAUACAUUCUACAAAACUGUCCAAAAAUAAUAUUCUAUGGAACU